AAAGCAAGGCAGAAGAAACACAGACAGUGUAGACAAAUUGAUGCAWUCGAAGGGAUACGAAAGUUUUCUCUAGAGGGAGAAAMGAAACACCAAAGUAAUAAUGAACACGUCAAUCCCAGGCAAUGAAAAUGCAGUCACUGAUUCCGAUUCAAACGAGAAAAUGGAUAAGAUCAAUGAUGACAACGACAAUGACGAUCAUAGAUCGUUAUCAUUGGAUUCUCUUCAACGUAAAAAAAAGGCUGAGGAAGCUGAGUUUACACACGAGAAUCAUACAAGCAGCUUGACCCUGACCAGUUGCGAUGGAGAUUUCUUUGAAGARAGCAAAAUAUGGUCGCGAGACAACARCAAUAGAAAUAGCAACAACCGUCAGGAAAGAAGACGAGCAAGUCAACUAUCAGAUAUUACGUACGAGUCAGAUGAUCAGCAAGGUGUUAGUGAUUUAGACGCACAGACUACAGACGAUCAACACAUUGCGAGUGAUUUMGACGCACAAACUACGGACGAUCAACAAUUUACUAGUGAUUUCGACGCACAUACAAUGGACAGCAAUGAUUCUAGCUGGGCAGACAAUUAUAGCGCAUUGCUUCACACAGCUAGUUUGAUGGGAGGUCAGCGUUUCUCUCUAAAUGAAACUUCAAAGGCAGGAAUCGAAGAUGGACAACGGCCUGCCAACACUGCUGCACCCGUCAUUCCUCGGAGGCGUGUUUCCGUCAACAUCAAUCAGAGAGGAAUGACAGCCGCCGAUAUCAAUACCAGUACYGAAAAUGAUGGCCGUACUGUAACCAAAGCCAACGCUGCUGCGCCUACAAUUCCUCAGCGAUCAUCUUCUCACACAAGCAAGUUGUCUUCCAACAAAAAAUAUACACAGGCUUCAAAGUCCAACUCCUUCGAUUCUGCAUCAUUUGCUGACAAUAUGAUAUUCGACGGUCGAGAUUMUAAUUCUGGCGAUACUGCAUCCUUUGCCGAAGAUGCCGUCAGUAUUGGUGGCCGAUCAUCCAAAUCAAUCGCUUCAGGAACAAACCAAGAUAUAAAUACAAUAACCACAAAAACUGCUUUGUCCGCCACAACAAACUCARAGUCAACAAUAAAUGUAACGGCAUUGCAUAUCGAGAACGAGAAUGAGCACUACCAAUACYGCAGAAGCAGUAAUGGUGGGAGCCACAGAGAUCUUUUAGUAGCGGGAAAUUUGUCGGUAGACCCACCAAUCGCCCCGGCACGUCGAGCAUCGAGAUCUGCCCCUCUCUGCCCCACUGAAGAUGAAGAGGAAAGUCGAGAAGCAAGUACAAAAGAYGCACAGCAAUUGUUCCUAUCACACUGUAGAAUUGAUGACAGUGAAAAUGAUGAUUCAUACAUCAGCAGAAGGAAUGCAUGUCUUUCAUCGUCAUCAACUAAUGCAUCACCACGUGUCAAAAAUAAUAAACCACCCGAAAUCCCCUUGCGAACAGAUUUAGAUUCUCCGUGGCCAAACUUCAAUCCAAUGUCGAGAAUAUACCCAGAAGAAAACRUUAAUGAACCACCAACAUGCCCGAUACGCAAGUACUCUUCUCACAAAAGUAAUUUGCCGGCAACGAAUACUCGCUUUUCCAAUCGACAUUCUUUUUCAACUAUAUCAGCAUCAAUAUCGCAGUCAUCAAACCAACCACCYGCAUUACCGAAGCGAAGAAGUUCAGAUUCUACGCCGUGCAAAAAUCUUCCCCUCUUGGAAUCUCCAUCCUCUUCCACCACAGUCACACACUCGAUGCAUCCAUCGUCAAGUCAGACAUUGGAGAUCGUGCAAGACGAAAUUUCCAACCAAGCACCGACAAUUCCGAUGCGAAAAGAUUCAAAUAGCACCUGCAAACUUAGCAAAAACAACAGUAUGGAGUCGUCAUCUGCAYCAAGGACUGAAGUCUGAAUAUUAAUGAGAAGGAAAUAGCGACRAUKAUUUGAUUGAAAAAUAUUGGAAUGAAGGGCUGGAAAAUAUCCUUUKAGGCAACUUCCUKCAGAUAKUUCGAAAUACUUCAUCUGAUGGUCUCAGCAUCUUCCUGAUUCUCUCAAACAAGGAGGAUGGGCAAUGGGCAAGUUAAAAUGAAUCGCAGGCAUUUUCAGUAUAGAAUGAAUGGUACCAUACCAGUCCAGAAAUUGGAUGGAGAGAAACACUGGUUUGACCCAUUACUUUGGGAUGGAAUCCAUGCUAAUUGAUAGAUAACAUUUUAAGUUAUGUGA